GGAUAACAGUCAACGUUAAACGGCUGAUUCUGUGUGAACUGUGAUGGCGGUCUUAGGGAUACUUCUGGGUAUUCUAACGUUAACCAAUCGGGCAUUCUCGGCGGAUAUAACAUUACGCGCUGAUGAUGUAGAUCUCACUCUUGAACCGCUGUUGACUGGCGGCUUCCAGUUCGUCUUAACCAAAGGAGAUGAGAGAACAGUCUACGGUCACAUAGGCCGCACUCUGUACUCCGUGUACGUAUCCGAGGAGGUGGAAGGAGGAGUUCUCAUCCAGAUGGGCAAUACAAACCUGACCUUAAAUACCGUAUACGACGACUUGGCACAAGCAAGAGGCAUUAAGAUUAAAUGGGACACGAAAGAUCUUAUUCGUUUUGAAGAUUGUUUCAAUUUCGGAAGCAAUCAUUGGUAUGGAGGUCCGAUGCAAGUAAAUCAAGUGUACCCAAUAGAAAAAGCUCAGCAAAAUUACAGCGCCUACGUCUCGAAAGAACAAGACAAUGGAGCGAUUGUCGAGAGAUACUGGCUCAACUCCGCCGGAGAGUACAUCUAUGUACAUCCACAAGUGCCAUUAUUUGUGGACUACAAUUCAAUCCAACCCAACCAUAUUUGCUUCGGUGCUCAAAUAACAGACCCAUACUCGACCAGAAGAAACCAUACCGAGCUGUCUUAUGACAUUUGGUUCCUUCCUGAUGUGAAAAAAGCCCACCAACACGCUGUUGCCAAUUAUUUGGGUAAGCCGACCGGACUCCCAGACUUUAAAAUGGUUCAACAUCCAAUCUGGUCGACUUGGGCUCAGUACUCCCAAAACAUUACCGGAGAAAAGGUUAUGGAAUUCGCAACAGAAAUUAGAGCGAGUGGAUUCAAUGAUUCGCAACUUGAAAUUGAUGAUCUUUGGGAAAUUUGUUACGGUUCUUUAGAAAUUGAUAUGAAAAAGUUCCCUAAUCUUACGCAUUUGGUGGAGGAGAUCAAGGCUUUAGGUUUUCGUGUGACGAUUUGGGUUCAUCCGUUUAUUAACAGCGACUGUGAUCCGUGGUAUUCCGAAGCUCUGUCUAAUGGGUACCUAGUGCUAGAUGAGGCCGGUACGCCAGAAGCAAACUGGUGGAAUCCGAAUGGUUCUAUUCCGGGUCUGGUGGACUUUACUAACCCAGCUGCAGCGGAAUGGUGGUACAGCCGUGUUAAGAAUCUCAUCGACACUUAUCACAUUGAUAGUAUUAAAUUUGAUGCUGGUGAGAGCAGUUUCUCGCCCCAGAUCCCUGUACAAAAUGGCGACAUCGAUCUCCACCCACAUAAUAUCGUCGACGCAUACGUAAGGACAUGCGCAAGAUUCGGAGACAUGAUCGAAGUUCGUGCUGCAUAUAGAACUCAAGACCUCCCGAUCUUCGUUCGCAUGGUAGACAGAGAUUCCAUCUGGGGCUUAAACAAUGGUCUUCCCACAAUCGUCACCACCACCAUCCAGAUGAACCUCAACGGUUACACUUUAGUCUUGCCUGAUAUGAUCGGUGGUAAUGGCUAUAACCUCAACCAUCCCCAAGCCGAUCUGCCGACUAAGGAAUUGUUCAUACGAUGGGUGCAAGCGAACACAUUCUUACCUGCAAUGCAGUACUCGUACGUGCCUUGGAAUUUUGAUAACGAGACGGUGACCAUAAGCAAAAAGUACACUGACCUCCAUGCUGCGCAUGCGCAGGAUAUUUACGAUGCAAUGCAAGCCUCAGUGGAUAACGGCACCCCUGUCAACGCGCCACUGUGGUGGAUAGAUCCUACAGAUGAAGAAGCGCUCAGAAUAUGGGAUGAGUAUCUCCUGGGCGAGAACAUUUUAGUUGCCCCGAUAUUCAAUGAAGGUGCAACUUCCAGAGACGUAUAUCUUCCAGUAGGAACUUGGUUAGAAGAGGGCAACCCUGAUAAGGUUUACGAAGGUCCAAUUUGGAUUUACAAUUAUCCAGCUCCCCUCGACGUCCUGCCGUACUUUGUGAGGGAAAAAUCCAAUGAGACAAAUAUGAGCAAUGCUCCCAUUGUUUCUGCUCUGUUGGUACUUACGGGAAUAUUGAUAAAUAUUUUCAAUCAAUUUUAAGUUCUUUUCGAUGUAUUUACUGUAAAUAAAUAAGCGGUUACUCAAU